AUGGAGUCCCACCCUCUCCUCCAGCGUUUCAACCUCCCGCUGACCCGAUUUCCCCGUUCGCUCCUCUCCUCCUCGCAGCCGUCCCACAAGACCUUCCGCAUCAAGCAGAAGCUGGCCAAGAAGCAGCGCCAGAACCGCCCCAUCCCCUACUGGAUCCGCAUGCGGACCGACAACACCAUCAGGUACAACGCGAAGCGCAGGCACUGGCGCCGCACCAAGCUCGGGUUCUAG